AAAUUAAGCAGCGCCUAUAUGGGUACGUAUUUCCGGUCCCACAGGAAGUCCCUAAAUGGUGUCUUAACAGCGACGCUUGUGACUUGCGAAAUGGAGACAGUAGCAGGUCGCAGCAAGAAGCUCCUGUUAUUUAACAUUUUAUUUUCGGUUAAAGAAGUGCUGCCGACUAAAAGAACAAAGAUAAGCUUCCAUAUAUCAAAAAAGCUGACGUUCACCCCUUGAAAUGCAGCACCUGAAAGGAUGAGCAGGAAUCACGAUGAUGAGUUUGUCGCAGUGCGGGUCCAGGAUCCCCGCAUUCACAAUGAAGGAUCGUGGAAUUCAUUUGUGGAUUAUAAAAUAUUCCUACAUACAAAUAGUAAAGCCUUCACGGCCAAGACCUCCUGUGUUCGUCGACGCUACAGUGAGUUCGUCUGGCUCAAGAAGAAGCUGCAGAAGAACGCUGGUUUGGUACCUGUCCCAGACCUUCCAGGAAAGUCAUUCUUCUCCUUCACUAAUGAGGACUUUCUGGAGAGGAGAAGGAAAGGGCUCCAGGCCUUCUUGGACAAAGUGCUGCACAUGACAGUGUGCCUGUCAGACAGCCAGCUCCACCUCUUCCUGCAGACCCAGCUGCCUGUUGGUCACAUUGAGGACUGCGUCCGGGGUCACACCCCCUACACUGUGACCGAGGCCAUCCUCACUUAUGCCUCGUCCAACUGGGGCCUGGCUCAGGCUCAGGCUCAGACUCAGGAGGAUGAUUCCAUGAAGGAGCCAAGUUUGACCAUCUCUUAUGAGUCCAUGGAGAGCCCAGCUCCUCAUCAGGCAAGUCUUCAGAGUGAAGGUACUUUGACUUCAUGUGAGGGCCGUGACCCUCUAGCAAGUUUACUGGACCCAGUAGAGUUUCAGCACAAGAGGAACUCCUCAGUAAAGGUCUACCAGAGGAACAACCAUCUGGAGGCUGUGGUGGAAUGCGACACCAGCUCUAUAGAGGCCACUUUUUUUCUUGGCGACAGCCCCAGUGAACAGGAGAGUGUUGACCUAGCAGACAGCACCUUGUCCAGGAGUGGUCAAAUACAGACACCAGUGGAAGUGCAUUCACCCAUGGAGGGUGGGCCUGGGCAGGACUUUGGUUUGGAAUACGUUAGAGAGGAAAGUAUGUGGAGAGGAGAGGGUGGGGAGGCAAAUGUCCUGAUGACAAAAGAAGAAGAAAUUUACAUUGAGGUCAGACAGCCAGAUAAUUCCGAUGAGGUUAAAGGUGAGGAUUCUGUAGUGAUUCUGGAUUCUGGCAAUGACGAUGCAGAAGAACAGGCUGAUCAAAUACAUCCCAGCUCUACAGAGAAGGUUGGUUUCUCCAACAAACCCCUUGUGGAAAACCACCUCACCUGUGAGGCCAACCACACUGAUGACACUAAAGUUCCUGAUGCUGACAUGAGCCACAUGGAGGAAUUAGAUGAGGAACAACACUUUGAAGACCAAGAAUGUGACAAAAGUGAAAGCAGUGGGGAGGUGGAAGGCGAAAAUGAUGGUGCCGUUCUACAGAUAAAGCAAAACUGCGCUGAACAAGGACUUGACUCGUUGGGGACCGUGAAUGAGAGUGAAGAGGACAAACACUCACUGCCUUCUUCCAAUGAGAGCAUCAUGAAGGUCAGUGAUGAAGACAGCUCGUGUGAGGAGACCAAGAAGUCAGUGGGUCCGUCUCCUCAGAACAUUUCUCACUGGUCAGAAGUGGAAGCCCCCAACAAAAAUAUUCUGGACCUUCAGCUCAAUGGAUGUUUUGUGGAAAAUGAAGACAUUUCUGGCCAGGAUGAUGAAGACCUUCAGUACAUGUCCUCUACAGACUUCACCUCCACUGAAGCCUGUGGAGACUGUAGUGAAAACAGUGAUUUCAGCAUCUUGGAAAGCAGCUGCACAAGUGGAAGAACUGAAGGUAAAAGGACAGAGGAACAAACACUGUCAGUGCUGAGUUUGGACACUGCCGAAGAGACGCAUGAGGUGGAGGUGUGUUAGACCACACAGCUGGUCUCAAGGUAGCUGCGACCUCACUGGUCCAGAGCAUGGACAGUGGAGGUUGUCUUCUGCCUGAGAUGGAUUCAGGUACAUUUGAAUUAACCUGGUACUUGCUGGUAGAUGUGUUGCAUCAUAAACCAUCAGUGAAGACAGAGAAGAUGACUAGAAUGAUUCUGCUGGUGUUGAAAGAAAAAAACCCUAACUACAGUUUUUGAGUUAUGUUCUGAAGAGUUCUGUUCUAUAGGGUUCUUUCAGUAGAACAUGCUUUAAAAUCUGUGAGUGAAGAUCACACUAAAAAGUUUCUUCACAACCAGUAGAUGACUCUGACUCUUUUUCCAGGGCUUGCAACCAUCACCUGCAACCACAGGUCUUCAUUUCACUUAAAAAGUCAAUAGUUAUAACAGAGUACAUUGAAUAUGGAUGAAUGCUUUUAUCUGCUUCCUAGUAGAUCAGCAGCACUUUGAACUUAAGGUACAAGUCAGUCACAUUGUAGGAUUAACUUUGUUUUAACAGAUUAUUCUAUGGUUAUAAAAAAUAGUUUUUAUCAUUGGAUAAAAGAGGUAAACAGAAACAUUUAAGUUAAUGUUCAUGUUAUGUUGUCACUACAUAUGGAAUAAAAACAAGUUUUUAGCUGUAACUUGAGUAAAGUCAUGAAAUCUCUUUUCAACAACUUUCUUUUAGUUAUGUUGGAUUUUAUUGUUUUGUUUUUUUAUAUUUGCAGUUUGUACAAGUUUGUUGCAAGUGUUUAUAUUUCAGUGCAACUGAUAGCUCUUUAACCAUUUAUUCUGUUUAUUUGGAGGGAAAAAUGUAAUUGAAAACUGUACUUCCCAGGCUUCCACUCUCAUAUUGUAUUUAAUCACUGAAAAAAACCCAUCUCAAAAAUGCUCAAACUUGACUCAGGAAAAUAUUAAGAACUGUGAAUUGGGGAGAAAUAAAAUCAUGUGUAAAUGUAGUUUUCAUCAGUAGUCAUUGCCAAAACUGUUUUAUGUAUUACCCGAAUGCACUCUGUUGUUAGUACGCAGUACUCUUGUCUGUGUACACUAUUCAUUCUCAUGUUGCUUCUUUUAAAGGGACUCGCGGUUAACACUUCAUCAUGCAUCACGUAUAAAUGGACAUCUACAAGGUACAAAGGCUUCAGGGUUUUGUGAGCUGUCCUGUAAAUUUACCGUUUAGUUUUUCAGUUAUACAUUUUUCUCAUUAUACUAUUAAGCUACAUUUAGAGACAUAUCCACCAAAUCUGAAUAUUCAGAAUGCGUCAACACCCCCCAAAAAUAAAAUUCUAUU